GUCGCCUUGCAAAGUGCGACCACGGUAGAAGCGAUCCUGGACACAGGUGCAAGCCGUUGUGUCAUGGGACACUUGCUCCUUGAUCAAUUCCUGAGCCAACUGAGUGAUAAGAUGGCCCAGAGCAAGGCAGCCAGCAGUGCAUCCAGUGUCGGGAACCCCUCGCUGGGAGCUCGCUUCUCUCGUCUUACAGACGAGACCGUGACCUGCACUCUGGAACAGGCCCAGGUCAUGCCUCUUUCCGAGCUCGGACAACAGCUCAUCACUUUCGGAAAGCAACAGAAGGGGCGCACGUUCGAGGAAGUGGUGACCAAGGAGGCUUCCUGGGUUCGCUGGUGUUGCGAUCAUCUGCACACCAGCACCAAGCAUGUCCACGUCAUCUUUCUCCUCUACGUGGAACGCUAUGUCCAAGAGGCAGAAGCUCUGGAAGAGGAGUUGAUUCAGGACACAGAGGCAAUCGCUUCCACGGCGGUAGCUGCCAAGAGCAAAGCUGCUCCCCGCACAAAGUCCGCUUCCGGACCCAAGCCCGACGACGAUCGCUGGGACAUGAUCGCCGAUCCCGAGUUCCAUCACCCGGUCGAGGCGCAGGUCACCGACCUGAACCACCGCAUGAACCAGAUGGAAGGGAUGAUGCAUCAGAUGCUGAAUGCCAUUCAGCAGCUCAGCACAGCCCAGCAGCAAUCGUAG